CCGAAUACAGCGAUCGGCCAGAAAGCCAACUGGCAAUGUGAUAAAAGGGCGACACCUCAAGAUGCUUCGUUCAUAACUAAGCCAGCAGCAAGUUUCUUCAAUGGGUCGAACUGGAUGGCAUCUGUAGAGGGCAAAGAGACCGGAUUUUUCUUAAAUGCGCUUCAAGUCCCAUCUGCUGAGGAUACAGCCGUCAUUCAAGCGUCUGGAAGCAAUCGUAUGCUCAUCGAUGAUUUUAUUGAACUGGACGCAUUCUAUUUCUCGAAUGAGGUCAGUGAACUAAAUCUCCAUGUAGCUACCUAA